UAUAUCUCUAGCUUCCUCUCUCCUUCCUCUCCCUUUCUCUCUCUAAAUCAAAAUGGUGAAAACCAAAGGAAGCCACGGUGGCAGCGCUAGCGGUGGAGGCGGCGGUGCUCGUCCCGGCGAUACACAACCAUCACCCAUAGAGUGUUGCAUGUGUGGUGAUCAUGGCAUCACUAUAGAGCUUUUCAAAUGCAAAAUAUGUAAAUUCAGAUCACAACACAAAUAUUGUAGCAAUCUCUACCCUAAACUUGAGACAUACAACACUUGCAACUGGUGCUUACAUGACUCAGCCGGUAAGUCAAGGAAAUCCGGCGAAACACGCGGUGAUCACGCCGGAAAGAGCAAAGGAAAUCCUGAUGAGAAAAUGGCAAGUCAUAAGGAUUUGAGAGAAAGAACUCAAAGAAUUAGGAAAGCUAAUUUAGAGAUAAAGGUGACAAAAAGUUUUAAUGAGAUGAAGAAAGUAGUACAUGGAUCAUCAGCGGAGGAAUCGCCGGUGUCUACUAGCCGGAAAAGGAUCGUCGUCGGUGGUGGGGUGGUGGUUGAGGAUAAGAAGAAGAAGAAGAAUAAUGUGGUGUUAAGAAAGUCAAAGUCAGAGAAUCAUUUAGGAGAUGGUGGUGGGAUCAAAAUAAGACCAGUUUUUAAACAUAGGGUGAGAAGGUAUAAAUUACUAGAUGAAAUUUCAAGCCAAUGUAGUUAGUUAGUUAGUUAGUUAGCAAGUAAGAACUUAAUUAAUUGUUCUCUUUUGGUACUAUAUAUGAUGGUUAAUUUGUCUACUUCAUAUAUGAAAUUAUAUUAAUGUUGUAUAUAUAUUCCUAAUUAUCAAUGUCAAUAUUAAGUUUUCAACUACUUA